CCUUAUUCUAUUUGGGAUGCUUGUUAACUAAUAAUUUCGGUGAAAGUGAAUUUGUGUGUCAUUUUGGCGUAUUUGGAUCAUGUUGGUCUUGUUUCUUUUGGGGAGCUCGUUGCUUCUGGCGAGCGCGCAGUUCCCCAGAGAAUGCGUCACACCGGAGGGACUGAGGAGCGGUCAGUGCUGUCCCACACCUCCAGGACUGGACAAUGACCCGUGUGGUGCUAGCGCAGGCCGCGGACAGUGCGUGCCCAUAGCGGCUGAUUCGAGACCACACGGCCCGCAGUAUCCCCACGAUGGACGCGAUGACCGGGAGCGAUGGCCCGUGCGCUUUUUCAACAGGACGUGUCAGUGUAACGGAAACUUCAGCGGCUUCAACUGCGGGAGAUGCAGACAUGGAUUUACGGGAGACAACUGUGACGAGCGGGUGUCUGUUGUAAGAAGAAACGUGAUGCAGCUGAGUGCGGAUGAGAAGCGCGCCUUUGUGAGCGCUUUGGACCAGGCCAAACGCACAGUGCACCCGGACUUGGUCAUUGCCACGCGGCGCUACGAGGAGGUGUUUGGUCCCGAUGGAAACACCACGCAAUUUGAGAACAUCACAAUAUACAACUACUUUGUGUGGACCCACUACUACUCAGUCAGCAAGACGUUUCUGGGCGCGGGACAGGCCAGUUUUGGAGGAGUGGACUUUUCUCACGAGGGGCCUGGGUUUCUGACGUGGCACAGGUUCCAUCUUCUGCAGCUGGAGCAGGAUAUGCAGGACAUGCUGCAGAACCCCUCCUUUGCCCUGCCCUACUGGAACUUCGCCAUAGGGGGCAGCACAUGUGACAUUUGCACUGAUGAUCUGAUGGGGGCUCGCAGCAGUUUUGACAUGAACUCUCUGAGCACGAACUCUGUGUUCUCUUCAUGGAGGGUGAUCUGUGAGAGCGUGGAGGACUACGACACGCUGGGAACCAUCUGUAACAGCACAGAGUCGUCUCCAAUCAGAAGGAACCCAGCGGGGAAUGUGAACCGUCCCAUGGUGCAGCGCCUCCCAGAGCCCCAGGACGUGGCCGCGUGUCUCCAGGUCAACACUUUCGACACGCCCCCCUACUACUCCACUUCCGAUGAGAGCUUCAGGAACUCGAUUGAAGGCUACAGCGCCCCUCAAGGUAACUACGACCCAGUGGUACGGAGCCUUCACAACCUGGCCCAUCUGUUCUUGAACGGGACAGGGGGGCAGACCCACCUGUCACCCAACGACCCCAUCUUUGUCCUGCUGCACACCUUCACGGACGCCAUCUUUGACGAGUGGUUGAGGAGACACAGUCCAGAUUCAGCUGUGUAUCCUGAGGCAAACGCUCCCAUUGGCCACAACAGGGGCUACAACAUGGUUCCGUUCUGGCCUCCUGUGACCAACGUAGAGAUGUUUGUCACUGCUCCGGACAAUCUAGGUUACACUUAUGAAGCUGAAUGGCCGGCUCAACCCUUUACCAUGACUGAAAUCAUCACCAUAACCAUUGUCGCCGCCCUGGUGUUGGUUGCUAUCGUCUUCGCUGCCAGUACGUGUGCUGUCCGCGCCAGGUCCAGGAGGGAAGGCCACCAGCCUCUUCUUGGGGAUCAGUACCAGAGAUACGAUGAUGAGAAAAACCAAUCUGUUGUUUAAAACUGCUAUUUAAUGAUCACGUUUGCCUCGCCUUAAAACGCAUAUGCAGUUUGUGUAGAUUUCACUACAAACAUCCAAAACAUUUUAUAACAAGCCACAAUUUGUAUUUAUGCUGUUGUAAUAUAGUUUUAUGUCUUUUGAUUUCUGGUGGAAAUUAAUGUGAUUUGAAAGUACAUACAUUAUGCGUUAAGUGGCCGCCAGGUGGUGCUAAUGUUAGUUCUGGCCAGACGUUUACGCUGGAUGAGUUUAGAGUCAAGAUGUGUAUUUGAGAUUUUAUAUACCACUGAAAUAAGGUAGAUGAUAAAUGAUUUUGUGAAAUUCAGUACAAGUUGUUAGAAGUGGAAAUCACUUUGUACAAACAAUGUGACAGAGCCUUAACACCCUCUUGGGGGCGCACUAAUCCAAUCUUUGAAACUGGGCAGAGCGUCGUGAAGACUUUCUGGGUUCCCAUUUCAGAUUCUUGCCUUUUAUUUAAUAGUAUUUAAAGUUUUUGAACACAUACAAAUGCUUAUACAAUGUUUUGAACUGUAUAUUUGUUUGAUACUACUUUUUACGCAAUGCUUUUACUGUCUUGAUUCGUGUGGAAAAAACUCUCAUAAAAGCUGUGUACUUUUACAAGCUAGUUUAACG